AUGGGAAUGUGGGAGGAAGCGAGUGACCCAGUGAUGGGGAAGAAGGAUAAAAAUGAGGAGCGGAAGGAGAGAAUCCUGAAUCUCACACUGGAGAUUAUCUAUCUGCUGACUGGAGAGGGCUACGUCAUCCCUAAGAAGAAGAGCCCAACUGUGGGUUUGGGGGCCCUGCAUGCCCCUGGCUCCGUCAUACAGAAGGAAAAUGACAAGAAGAUCCUGGAACUCAUCUCCAACAUCAUCCAGCUGCUGACUGGAGAGGUUGCCAUAAGGUGUGAGGAUGUUUCCAUCUAUUUUUCCUUGGAGGAGUGGGAGUAUAUAAAAGGAAACAAGGCCCUUUACAGGGAAGGGAUAAAGGAGGAGCUCCAGCAGCUCCGCCCACUGGCCUGUGAGUAUAAAGAUGGGAGCGAUGUUACAGCACAUACGGAAGCAACUUUAUGUUGUAAUAAUGAUGGGAAUCUCACAAACCCUGAUGUUUCUCCAGCGGAACAGCCCCCACCAGCCAAUGGGAUUAAAGAGGAGGUGGCUUCAUGGGAAGGGGGAAACCAAUCAGAUUGCAGCAUUAAUCCCCUUACAGAACAGAUACAGGGAACAGACACACCUACUCCUAUCAUGGGGUGGAGCCUGAAUAACAGCUCGGCAGAGGAUUAUACAGCGGUUGUUAUUAAAGAGGAAGAAUCUUCAUUCGAAGGGGAAAACCAAUCAGAUUGCAGCAUAAAUCCCCUUACAGAACAGAUACAGGGAACAGACACACCUACUCCUAUCAUGGGGAGCAGCCUGAAUAGUUUAAAAAUGGAGGGUAAUAAAAAUGAUGAAAAUUCCCUCCAAUCUCCACAUAAAUCUCAAAUAACAGAAAAUACAUUAAGUGGGAAAUACAUCUGCAAUGUGUGUCAUAAACACUUUAGUCAUAAGAGAGACUUUAAUAAACAUCAAAGAAACCACAAGAAACCCUAUUCUUGUUCUAAUUGUGGGAAAUGUUUUUUAAAUCGAUCUGACCUUAAACGCCAUGAAGUAAUUCACACAGGGGAGAAACCUUUUUCUUGUUCUGAAUGCGGGAAAUGUUUUACAAAUGGAUCAAACCUUGAUCGUCAUCAGAGAAUUCACACAGGGGAGAAACCGUUUCCUUGUUCUAAUUGUGAGAAAUGUUUUUCAAAUCGAUCCGACCUUAAACGUCAUCAAAUAACCCACACAGGGGAGAAACCUUUUUCUUGUUCUGAAUGUGGGAAAUGUUUUUCAAGUAAAUCACACCUUAACAUUCAUCAUAGAAACCACACAGGAGACAAACCUUUUUCUUGUAAAUGUGGGAAAUGUUUUUCAAAGCGAUCUGACCUUGCUCGUCAUCAAAGGACUCACACAGAGGAGAAACCAUUUUCUUGUUCUAAAUGUGGGAAAUGUUUUUUAAACCAUUUCUAUCUUGCUCGUCAUCAAAGAACUCACACAGGGGAGAAACCAUUCACUUGUUCUGAAUGUGGGAAAUGUUUUUCAAACCCAUAUCACCGUGAUCGUCAUCAGAAAAUUCACACAGGAGAGAAACCAUUCUAUUGUUCUGAAUGUGGGAAAUCUUUUACAAGUCGAUCUAACCUUGAUCGUCAUCAUAGAACUCACACAGGGGAGAAACCAUUUUCUUGUUCUGAAUGUGGGAAAUGUUUUUCAACCCAUACACACCUUAAAAAUCAUCAUACAACCCACACUGGGGAGAAACCAUUUUCUUGUUCAGAAUGUGGGAAAUGUUUUUCAAAGCACUCUCACCUUGAUCGGCAUCGAAAGACUCACACAGGGGAGAAACCAUUUUCUGAAUGAGGGAAAAAGAUUUGUAUUGAACAGUCAUCUAAAAAUACUCUUUCACAUGAGAAAAACUGUAAACGUGUCUUACAAAUGAGGCAUCAGGCAAAUAUUUUUAUGUGCACAAUAAAAUGUUUCUUUAAGAGAACCCUUU